AACAAAGAAGCGACGAAUACAAAUCCGGCUAAAGAUCCAGCAGCGAGAGUGGCGGCGUUGUUGUUAUCGACGGGAGUGGAUCCAGUCGGACCAGCGACAGGUGCACCAUCAGGAGUGAGAGAAGUUGGAGGAGCGGGUGGUGAAGCGGAGGAGGGAAGUGGUGAACCAGCCGGAGGAGAAACUGGAGCCGCCGUGGGAGUAGCGGAUGGUGUUGGAGUUGGAGUUGGUGAGUUGGUGCGGCGGUUCUUGGAGGUUGAGCAGGAGAUGGAAGAGGAGAUCUUGUUGGAGCUGGUCCUGGAGCUUGAGCUAUGGCUGAUGAAGCUAUGA